ACCAGAAGAAAGCAGGGGGUGUUUCACUGUUACACACCUUUCUACUUAAACCGACAUUUCGGAGUCAUUCUGAGUUUCUUAGGUGGACAGUAACCCGGUUUUAUUGUAUUUUCUACCUCACCUUGCAUCCGGAGUUAUUAUGGACUCCAUGGAGACAGUCGAUCCUCCAGAGGGUACCGGGCAGGCGGACGAGCUGCUGCCCGCUCAGAAGCUCUCCAAGGCGGAUGGAAAGAGACACGUCGCCGCGCUGAUUCUGGCUCGCGGAGGAAGUAAAGGGAUACCCCUGAAAAACAUCAAGAUGCUGGCCGGGGUUCCUCUGCUCGGAUGGGUCCUCCGGGCUGCUGUGGAGUCUGGGGUGUUUCAGAGUGUUUGGGUGUCCACCGACCACGAUGAGAUUGAAAAGGUGGCGAAAGUUUGGGGAGCGCAGGUCCACCGCAGGAGUCCGGAGGUUUCCAAAGACUCUUCUUCAUCCCUGGAAACCAUCCAGGAGUUCUCCAGACUCAAUCCGGAGGUGGAUGUGAUCUGCAACCUCCAGGCGACAUCCCCCUGCCUCCACCCGUUCCACCUGAAGGAUGCGCUGGAGCUGAUCACGGAGCAGGGGUACGACUCCGUGUUCUCCGUGGUGCGCAGACACCAGUUUCGCUGGAAGGAGACCAAGCAAGGAUCUGGAGAAAAGACGCUCCCCUUGAACCUGAGCCCGAAAAAUCGCCCCCGCCGGCAGGACUGGGACGGAGAGCUGUGUGAGAACGGAUCCUUCUACUUCACCACCAAGGAGAUGCUGCUAACGGAACAGAUACUACAGGGCGGGAAGGUGGCGUACUACGAGAUGCUGCCGGAGUACAGCGUGGACAUCGACGUGGACAUCGACUGGCCUGUGGCGGAGCAGAGAGUCCUCAGGUUUGGUUAUUUCGGAGCCCCCUCCCCAGAGGUGGUGCGUCUGAUGUUCUGCAACAUCUCUGGAUGUUUGACGGGGGGACGCAUCUUCAUGUCUGUGUCCGGGGAGGAGAUGGUGUCCAUCAACAUCCGAGACACCAGGGGAAUCCGCAUGCUGCAGAAAGAGGACAUCGAGGUGGUGCUGCUCACCUCCGACAUGGACCCGGUGGCUAUGCUGCUGACGGAUCGUCUGACGGAGAGGACGGGCUGCCGGGUGGUGCAGGUCGGAGACGAGCCCCUCCACUUGCUGAGGAAGAUGGUGGAGGAGAAGAAGCUGGACUGGAAGGACGUGGCGUAUAUGGGAAGCGACCAGCAGGACGUCAACUGUCUGAAUCUCGCGGGGAUGAGUGCGGUUCCUGGAGACGCUCCAAAUGUCGCCAUAAACGCCUCGAAGUACACCUGCCGCAAAAUGGGGGGGGCGGGCGCUCUGCGGGAGUUCGCCGAACACAUCCUGCUGCAGAAAGAGAAGGCAAAGUCUCACAGAGAGCAGCACCGCAUCGACCGCAUCAACUUCUGAACAUCACAGAGAGAGAUUAAAUGCUGAAGAUUGACCUCUGUUUACAAUCAGAUCUGGAGACGUGCGAUGAUUUAAAAUGCAUGCUCUUCAGACAUUUUUCAAAAAGAAGGAAUAUAAGUAAUGUGAAGAUGAUAUAAAAUAAUAUAAACGG